AUGGAUCACCCCACGCCUCCCAAUAAUGUGUCUGAGUUUAUUCUCUUGGGACUCACACAGAAUCCACACUUGCAGAAAAUACUCUUCCUUGUCUUUUUGUUCAUUUUCUUAUUUACUGUGCUGGCCAAUUCGCUCGUUGUCAUCACCAUCUCCCUCAGCCCCUCCCUGUCUGCUCCCAUGUACUUCUUUCUCACCUACUUGUCCCUCAUAGAUGCCUCCUACACCUCUGUCACCACCCCAAAAAUGCUCAUCGACCUGCUCUACCAGAGGAGGACCAUCUCUUUGGGGAGCUGUCUGACACAGCUCUUUCUGGAGCACUUCCUGGGCGGCUCUGAGAUCAUUCUACUUAUUGUUAUGGCCUAUGACCGCUACGUGGCCAUCUGCAGGCCCCUGCACUACAUGACAAUCAUGCGGCAGGGUCUCUGUCGCCUCUUGGUGGUGAUAGCCUGCAUGGGAGGGAUCCUGCAUGCCACUGUGCAAAUUCUUUUCAUGGUCCACCUGCCCUUCUGUGGUCCCAAUAUCAUUGACCAUUUCAUGUGUGACCUCUUUCCAUUGUUGAAACUGGCCUGCAGCGACACCUACUGGCUGGGGGUGGUGGUGACAGCCAAUAGCGGAGCCAUGUGCUUGCUCAUUCUGACCAUGCUGCUUGUCUCUUACGCUGUCAUCCUGAACUCCCUGAAAUCUCAUAGCUCUGAAGGGCGGCGCAAAGCCCUCUCCACCUGCGGAUCUCAUUUUACUGUCGUUGUCCUCUUUUUUGUACCUUGCAUAUUCACUUACAUGCGUCCUGUGGCUACUUACCCCGUAGACAAGUUGGUGACUGUGUUCUUCGCAAUCCUCACUCCCAUGUUGAAUCCUGUAAUUUACACAGUGAGAAACACAGAGGUGAAAAGUGCCAUGAGGAGUUUCCUGAAAAGGAGAAGAAGUUAG